AUGGGUUGCCGAGCCUCCUUUCAUCGAGUAAGCCCUCUCUCUUCGAUACCUCAAUACUCAUCUCAUUGCCUUUUCAUCAAUGUAUCAUCAUUAUCAUUAUCAUCAUCACAUGGUUCUCUUAUAGCUUGCCCUUUGGUUUGGUUCACCAGUUUUCUCUGUAUUACUCGAUUCCCGUUUGUCACCAAAUCAAAUCCCAAUUCGCUUUCCGAUAAUUUAAAUACAGAAUCCCUGAGAAUAAUUAUUCAACACGACUAUUGGGACGAUCCCAGAAUUGUGAACUUGUUUGGUUCGGCUUUGGCGCCUAUUUGGGCGUCCAAGUUUUUGGUGGAACUCAGGGGAGACCCCAAGUUGGCUUUGAAAUUGUUCAGAUGGUCGAAAACCCGAAUUGGGUUUUGCCAUACUACUGAAUCUUAUUGUAUUUUGGUUCACAUACUCUUUUAUGCUAGAAUGUAUUUUGAUGCCCAUGAGAUUCUUAAAGAGCUGGUGUCGUUGAGGCGGGUGUUGCCGGGUUGUGAUGUAUUUGAUGUGUUGUGGUCAACAAGGAAUGUUUGUCGUCUGGGAUUUGGAGUGUUUGAUGCGUUGUUUAGUGUUUUGGUUGAGUUUGGAAUGCUUGAGAAAGCAAGUGAGUGUUUCUUGAGGAUGAAGAAGUUUAGAGUUUUGCCAAAAGUGCGGUCUUGUAAUGCCCUUUUGCAAAGGCUUUCAAAGUCAGGGAAGGGGAAUUUUUCAAGGAAGUUUUUUAAGGAUAUGCUUGGGGCUGGGAUUACACCUUCGGUUUUCACUUACAAUAUAAUGAUUGGUUAUUUGUGCAAAGAAGGCGAUUUGGAUACUGCUAGUUGCUUGUUUGCACAAAUGAAAAGAAUGGGCCUUACACCUGAUAUUGUGACAUAUAAUUCUCUUAUUGAUGGAUAUGGAAAGGUUGGAAUAUUAGAUAAUUCGUUUUGCAUAUUUGAAGAAAUGAAGGAUGCAGGUUGUGAGCCUGACGUAAUAACCUUCAAUUCUUUGAUUAAUUGUUGUUGUAAAUUUGAUAAGAUGCCCGAGGCUUUGAAUUUUCUCCGUGAGAUGAAUAAUAAAGGGUUGAAGCCAAAUGUCAUAACUUAUAGCACAUUAAUUGAUGCCUUCUGUAAAGAAGGGAUGAUGCAAGAGGCUGUUAAGAUUUUUAUGGACAUGAAACGAGUUGGCCUUUCACCUAAUGAGUUCACCUAUACUUCUUUGAUUGAUGCAAAUUGCAAGGCUGGCAAUUUGAGCGAAGCACUGAAGCUGAAAAAGGAGAUGUUUCAGGAAGGGAUUAGCUCGAACAUUGUAACGUAUACAGCUCUACUGGAUGGGCUAUGUCAAGAUGGGAGGAUGGAGGAUGCAGAAGAAGUCUUCAGGGAAGUACUGGAAACUGGAAUAAGUCCUAACCAGCAAAUAUGUACUGCCCUUGUUCAUGGGUAUAUUAAGGCUAAGAGGAUGGAGAACGCUAUGGAAAUAUGGAAAGAAAUUAAGGGGAAAGGCUUUAAACCCGAUUUGUUACUUUAUGGAACCAUCAUUUGGGGCCUUUGCUCCCAAAAUAAGCUUGAAGAGUCUGAGCUUGUAUUCAGUGAAAUGAAGGGUUGUGGAUCAACUCCAAAUCAUUUCAUUUACACAACACUUAUGGAUGCUUAUUUCAAGGCUGGAAAAACCAAGGAGGCACUUAAUCUAUUACAAGAAAUGCUGGACAAUGGUAUUGAGUUCACUGUUGUAACAUAUUGUGCGUUAAUUGAUGGUUUGUGCAAAAAGGGAUUGCUCCAAGAGGCAAUUAAUUACUUUAGGAGGAUGCCUGACAUUGGUUUGGAACCCAAUGUUGCAGUCUUUACAGCCUUAAUUGAUGGUCACUGUAAAAAUAAUUGCAUUGAAGCAGCUAAGGAGCUGUUUAAUGAAAUGCUAGACAAGGGUAUGAUUCCAGAUAAAGCUGCUUACUCCACUCUAAUUGAUGGAAAUUUGAAGCAUGGAAAUCUUCAAGAAGCUUUGAGCGUGGAAAAGAGAAUGAGAGAAAUGGGUAUGGAACUUGAUCUGUAUGCGUAUACUUCCUUGAUUUGGGGUCUUUCUCACUUUGGUCAGGUACAGCAAGCAAAAAUAUUGCUUGAUGAGAUGAUUGGGAAGGGUAUCCUUCCAGAUGAGAUUCUUUGUAUUUGUCUGCUAAAAAAGUACUAUGAGCUAGGGUAUUUGGAUGAAGCCUUUGAGUUGCAGACUGAAAUGCUGCAGUAUCCUGAACUGACUGUAGUAAAACAUGUGGCAGCUGGAAUUCCUGGAUUGGAAGACGUGGUAUUCAUGCCUAGAUGUGGCAACGUCCUCGAGUAG